CGCGCACGAAGCGGCCAGCUCUCCGGCGUUAUAAAUAUCCCGGUGCCGGCUCACAGAUCCGCUCGGGUGGCCUCUUGCCCUCCCCCUCCCUCUCUCCUCCUGGAGGCUAUGUCCACCCGGCGCGGCGAGGGGGGCAGCGCCAGAGACACGCAGCCGCGCGGGGGCUACGGAGCCCGGAACCAGCCCUACAAAAUGCGCUUAGGACCCCCGCGGCUGGAAGAAUGAGCUUGUCCUUCCUUCUCCUCCUCUCGUUCAGCUACCUGAUCCUCAGCGCCUGGGCUCACGGGGAGAAGCGCCUCGCCCCCAGAGGGCAACCCGGACCGGCUGCCCCUGAUACGAACCCCGGAGGCUCCAGCAGCCGGCAGAGCGGCGGCGGCACCACGUCUUCCUCCUCCUCUGCCGCCUCCUCCCCCGAGGCUUCUCCGGGCAGCCCGGGAAGCGGCUUGGAGCAGAGCAGUUUCCAGUGGAGCCCCUCGGGGCGCCGCACCGGCAGCCUCUACUGCAGAGUGGGCAUCGGGUUCCAUCUGCAGAUCUACCCGGAUGGCAAAGUCAAUGGCUCCCACGAAGCCAGCGUAUUAAGUAUUUUGGAAAUAUUUGCUGUGUCUCAGGGGAUUGUAGGAAUACGAGGAGUUUUCAGCAACAAAUUUUUAGCGAUGUCAAAAAAAGGAAAACUCCAUGCAAGUGCCAAGUUUACAGAUGACUGCAAGUUCAGGGAGCGAUUUCAAGAAAACAGCUAUAACACCUAUGCCUCAGUGAUACACAGAACUGAGACCACGGGGCGGGAGUGGUAUGUGGCCCUGAAUAAGCGAGGGAAAGCCAAGCGGGGGUGCAGCCCCCGGGUGAAACCCCAGCACGUCUCUACCCACUUUCUACCAAGGUUCAAGCAGUCGGAGCAGCCUGAACUUUCUUUCACAGUUACUGUUCCUGAAAAGAAAAAGCCACCUAACCCCAUCAAGCCAAAGGUUCCCCUUUCUGUACCUCGGAAAAACCCCAAGACAGUGAAGUACAGACUCAAGUUUCGCUUUGGAUAA